GUGUUUCCUAUGUCCAUGCAUUGAACACACCUAGCAUUUGCCAAUAUCGGUGACUCGUUGACAAUCUUUCUAAGUAUAAUAAUAAUAAUAAUUAAAUUUACCCAUCAAUAUUAUUUAAAAUCGUUUUGUGAUUUAAAACAAAAUGGGUUCUGCGCGUGCUGGAAGUUUGACCGGUGCUGAGCGGGAUGCGGUUAUGGAGAAGGUUAAACAAGAAAUAGCUGUUGCUAAUGUACAAGAAUUGCUAUCGAAAAUGGCAAAUAAAUGCUUUCGAAAGUGUAUUUCGAAACCAGGUACUUCACUCGAAAGUUCUGAGCAGAAAUGCGUAGCGAUGUGCAUGGAUCGAUAUAUGGAUACCCUUUCGAUUGUAGCAAACACGUACAGGAAUCGAUUGCAGAGAGAGCACGAACGAAUGUAAACAGAAAGCUGUGGUUAAUAAAUAUUACUGUUAAAUAGAAUAAAAA